UUGGCCAUCAGUUGCUCGUCACAUGUUCGACACUCAAGACCAAAAAGAGAACCAAUAUUGAAAAAAAAAAAUAUUAAAGACAGUUUGAAGAAUUCUAAUACGAAUCUAUUAUAAAAGACAGUGGCCAGUAGCGAAUUAGAAAAAAAAAAACAGUAAUUAAAAGUGUGUUUACCGUUAUUACAAGCGAUCACCCUGUAACAUUCUCGAAGUUUUCGUUCGACAAAUUUGCCUCCAAUCUACACCCACAUAAGAAAAAGACAAAACGCGUGGUUUUCGCGAAGAACGAAAGAAAAGUGAAAUUGGAAUUUUCACACACACACACACAUCUACAGUGUGUAUCGUCGUGUACGUGUACGGUGUUGACUAAUUGUUGUGGAUCGAAAGGAGAUCGCGCAAACCUCUGCUGCUGCCCGCCGUCGUUGUCGUUGUUAGCACCAGCUGUUCAACUUCACCACCCCCACCAGCCGUGAAACUCCACCACCUUUGCCGCCCCUCGAUAACGUUUUGAUUUUCUUCGUUUGUUGUUCUUGUUUUCUUGUAGAAAGAGAGAGAUAGAGACAGAGGAGAAACCGUUUUCUGCAGCGAAGAACAAAAAGUCAAGAAAAGAAAGCAAAAAGUAAAAGAUUCACACAGAUUACUUGGUGGACUAAGUGUAUACGUGUAUAUAUAGUAUAUGUUUAAAUACAUACAUACAUACUAAUAUCUAUACAAUCAAGCGAAAAAAAAAAACCACCGCCCGCCCGUUCGCAUAUAAUCGGAGACGUUGAGGAGGAAGACUACUUCGUAAUCGUUAACCGUAACACCUCGCUCCUCGCUCAAGUAACGGCAUUUCCAUUUCUCUGCUCUUGCACAACACCCACAUCCAGCCCUCCGCGAUCACCCUCCCUCCCCCAACCACCCGCCAAAGAAGAAGUGUCUCAUCUUCUCCUCGUUAAAGUGUGCGGUGUCCUCGUGCCGCAAUUUCGUUUUGGUGACCAUCACAGAGAGAACGCGCGAGUGUGAGCGAGCGAUCUAAAUCACGGAGAGCAAGACCCAGAGAGAGUGUGAAAUAGGAAGAGUGGGUGUAUGUGAAAAUAAAGAGAGAACUGUGCCAACUAUUGAUCCGAUCGACUGUGCCGCUAGCUUUAUUUUGGAUAAUAUGGCCACAUAGCUGAAUAAUUUUCCAGGCGACAGCAGCAACAACAACAACAACACCAGCCACAGCAAAUUAAUGAAUUUCAUGAUUAAAAAUAUUUCAAAGGUACAACAAAAGCUCAUUUAAUAAAAAGCAAAAAUCAAAAUCAAACACAACGCAAAAUCGAAAAACCAAUCAUUUUGUUUUAAAGCGAAGAGCAACAACACAAACGUGGCAAAAAAGCAAAAACAAAAACUAAAGCAAAAAAAAACCAAAACGAAGCUUUUUGAGCAAAUCGAGAGUAACGGGCAGCCAACAGCAGCGAGAGUAGUGUUUGUGUGUGUGUGAGUGGGAGAGCAGCAGCAGCUACAAGCAAGUUAGAGGUGUUCAGUGCUAGAAGAGAGACAGAGAGAGUGCGGCAACAGUUUAAGAUACAACAAAAAAAAACGAAAAAAAUUUAAAACAAAAACAAAAAUAAAAGCCAAACCAGAACAGAACCAAAAACCAAGCAAUUGCGCUCGGAACAAUUUUUUAAGCGGAACGGAAAAAAAAGCAGUGAAAAAAAAUAAAUUUGAAAGAAAAAAUUCUAAAUAUUUAAAUACAAUCGCAAAGCAAAAACACAAAAAUCACCAAAAGUUUAAGCUUACCGAAAGAAAAAAAAUUCUACAUUGGGAUUUUUGUUUUUUGUUUUUGGUAAAAUGGUAAAUAAAUCAAACGGCAAAGUGGGGCAGCAGCAGCAGCAGCAGAAGGUGGACAAGGACAAGGCGGCUAUGUUGCCGGCAAUGGGCAAUGGCAAUGGCAACAGCAGCAAUAACACAAAAAACAACAACAACAAGAAUAAAAAUUCAAAUGCCAAGAGCAAUAACAGCAAAAAGAAUUCCGGCAACAAUAAUAACAAACAGCAGCAGCAGCAACAACAACAACAGAAGGGUAACACUAACAAAAAGACUAAAUCACAGAAGCAGCAGCAGCAGCAACAACAACAACAACAGAAACCUCUGCAGCAGCAACAACAACAGAAACAACAACAACAACAGAAACAAUUAGUUAACAAACAGGACCACAGUAAUCAAUCAUUAAAUCAAACUACCUCAACAAAAGCAACUAAAGCAACAGCAACAGUCACCACAGUGACCACAGCAACAACAACAAAAACAAAUGCUACAACAUCAAUUGAUAAGGUUAGCCCAGCUGAGCUAUUAACCGCCGCAUUGGCUGUACCCUGUGCCAAAUGCUCGAAACCAUCGAUGAUCUCUGCAUUGACGACCCCCACAAGCAGUAACAAUAUCAUCUCGACAUCCUCAUCAUCAUCAUCAUCAUCGUCGUCGUCGUCCUCAUCGGCCUCAUCAACAAUUAGCACCGGAUCGGAGACCGACAGCAAUAAUAGCUCAAUAAUUAGUAGCAGCAGCUAUACCAACUAUUCGGCCCAUUUUAUUGAACCCUUAAUCUAUACGAGCAAACAAUAUCGUAAAUCGAAAUCCUAUAUGGGUGUGCCACAAUACAAUUUAGGCGGCAGUGGCAGUAGCAGCUCAAAUUCAAGCUAUCAGUCAACAAAGACACAUCACGCCAAUGCCAAUGGCAAUGGCAAUGGAUCAAAUAAUAUAUCAUAUCGCCGCUCCCAUAGCGAUAGACGAAAUUCAUUUGAUCGUUCAUUUGCCGAAAGGAAUCGAGACUUUGUUCCAGUUGUACAGCCAGCACGUCCAGUGCUCUCUUCGUCAAAUAUUGCCGGAGUGAUGGCCAAUACGGCCAAGUUGACGAUCAUAGAACGGUUCGGCAAAGGACGUGUCGCCUAUCCCAUAAUGCAGUGCGGGACACUAGACGGAGCCGAACCGUUAUAUCAUCAGCAACGCAGCAACAGAAUGGACGUGUAUCAGAUCGAUGAUGGUUUCCAUUCAGAUGGUGGCACCGAAACGCCGCCACCAUCUCCAAGUUCUGGAUCAUCGAUUGCCUCGACAUCGGAUCAUGGCUCACUGGAGAGUGUCGAUACGGGAGGAACACAGCGUCUGGCCGUCUUAUCGUUCGAGCAGGUGCGAAAAUUGCAUAAUGUGAUGGACGAAAAGGUGGCCAUACAUGGCCGUGGCAAUUUCCCCACCCUCGAGGUGACAUUGAAGGAUCUGGUGAAUUUGGUGCGUCGCAAAUUGGAAGCUGAGGUGAAUGCCGGCGGCGCUGGUGUCUUAGUCAAGGACAUACGAUUGAAUGGUGGAGCAGCUAGUCAUGUUUUAGCCAGCGAGGAUCAGCCAUAUAAUGAUUUGGAUUUGAUAUUUGCCAUCGAGUUGAGUUCGCCGCGUGUCUUUGAUCGUGUUAAGACAGCGGUAUUGAAUACUCUGCUCGAUCUGAUGCCCGAGGGUGUGUGCAAGCGUCGGAUUUACACGUGCUCGAUCAAGGAGGCCUAUGUGGGUAAAAUGGUUAAGGUGAAUAAUAAUAAUGAUGGUGAUCGUUGGUCCUUAAUCUCGUUGGGCAAUUCACCGGGUCACAAGAAUGUUGAAUUGAAAUUUGUCGAUACAAUGCGUCGUCAAUUUGAAUUCUCUGUCGAUUCAUUCCAAAUUGUACUCGAUUCGUUGUUACUAUUCUAUGAUUGUGCCGCCUUGCCCAUAUCGGAGAAUUUCUAUCCCACUGUUGUGGGUGAAUCUGUCUAUGGGGAUUUCCAGGAGGCUCUAUAUCAUUUGCAAAAGAAAUUGAUCUCAACACGCCAGCCCGAAGAGAUCCGGGGCGGUGGUCUGCUCAAGUAUUGUAAUCUUCUAGUGCGCAAUUACAAGGCUGUCGAUUCGCAAUUGAUCAAGACCCUAGAGCGUUAUAUGUGUUCGCGUUUCUUUAUUGAUUUCCCCGACAUAAAUACACAGACCACAAAGCUGGAGGCAUAUUUGCGUAAUCAUUUCUGGGGUGUGGACGAGGAGCCGCUACAGUAUCAAUAUCUGAUGCAUUUACGUGAAGUUGUCGAAAUGUCAACAGUCUGUCUAAUGGGACACGAGCGACGACAGACAUUGCAUCUGAUACAAUCGCUGGCCGCCCAGGUACUAUAUCAUAAGCAAGAGAAACAGCAACAGCAACAUCAGCAGCAACAACAGCAACAUCAACAACGUCAUCAGUUCCUGGAUCCUUCACAGCAGCAGCAGCAACAACAGCAGCAACAGUCUCAACAACAGGGAGCAACACAAACAAUCUAUGUGCAACAAGCUGCCUGUUGUCCCACAAAUAGUUCAACAAAUGAACAAAAUGUUGGUACAACAACAUCGACCCAGCCUGGAAAUGCGCCGCCACCGCAAGCUAUACAGAUACAGGCGGGUCCGCCGGGUCUAAUAUAUGCCAAUGGCGUUUACUAUGCACCUGUGAUUCCCAGCACCAUUUGCACCUGCAAUUCUACCUGGUUGAGUACGUGAUUGAUUGAGGAACAGC